AUGCAAUGGAUAUGUUAACAAUAUGUUCAACUUCAUUAAGUAAAAUAUCAGAAUCUGUGCAUUCCUACCCCUAAGCGGAGACAUCUGCCACCAUUAUUAAAAAAAUCCAACAAAUUAAUAGAUUAAUAAAUGUUUCGUAUCUACCUAUGACAGUUCCAUUCUGUGAUUUACCGUGUUGGAAUAAGAAGUGUCUAUAUAAGCCAGGACACUGCCAUCUGAAUGAAGCGAGGAUUCAGUAAAUAUUUAAUAGAACAUUACUUUAUUUCAAGGAACGAUGUCUUUUCUAAAACGUGAAGAAGCACUGUUGAAGUGUUUAUGUUUUGUGGUGCUUGUAGCAGUGGCAAAUGCUCUGCCAGUCCCUUGUGUCGUCAAACUAGCAGAGUACAAUUACCGACUAAAGACCGAGCCAUAUCUCACGGGUGUAGAGAAGCCUCGUUGUGAGGCUACCGGGGAGUACAAAGGCAUGCAGUUCCGUGGUUCUAAGGCAUAUUGUGUGACAUCACAAGGCAUAAUGAUUGACAGGUACAAGGUGAACAGAUCGGAGACUGGUGCUGAUAUGGACUGCCAGUGCGCCAGAGACGAGUAUGCGUACAUACAGACACGUAGGAUUGGUAAAAUGUUCUUUUGUGAGAAGAACGGUAACUAUGCAUCAGUUGGAUGCACGGGUUCUGUGUGUUACUGCCAAAACAAGAUGGGAAAGCAAGUGGGAACAUCGACUGUCGGCAUCUGGGAAAUGGAUUCAAUAAACUGCUAGAGUGUACAGCAGCUAUAUACAAUCCUGAUUUUAAUGAUUCAUUAAAAUAAAAUUAUUUCAG